AUGGUUGGUUCUUGUAAUGGGUUGGUAUGUUUCAAGAUAUCAGACAAGAACACCCGGGUGCAAGAUCCCAUCUACAUCUGUAAUCCUGUUACCCGAGAAUAUGUUUAUCUCCCAAAAUACAUCCAUGGUGGUGAUAGAGAUUCUCGUUAUCGUGGUUUUUUUAUUUGUGGGUUCGGUUACAAUUAUUCCACUCAUGAGUAUAAAGUUGUUAGAAUCUAUUAUAGGUCUGGUAUGUCUUUGGACGUUAGCAAAGUGCAAGUAUACACCCUUGGUAGCGGUCAAGGGUGGAGGGAUAAAGGAAAUAUCACCCACCUUCUAAGUCCAAUUACCUCUUGUGUUUGUGCAAAUGGAGCCCUUUACUGGUCUGGAUACGGCAAGAUAAUGGCAUUCGACUUAGCAGACGAAGAGUUCAGAGUAAUUCCUUUACCGCCUGUUUCGGAGGAGGUUUCCGGUGCAGUUUGUCUAAGACUAUUGAGAGGGUAUGUAUCUGUUGUUCAUUUUAUCGAAGGAGAUGAACCAACAUCUAUUCAUGUAUGGGUAUUAAAGAAAAAGAAAAAAUAUACUAGUUCAGAAACUAGAGAACCCGUAUUCGACGAUUUGUGGUAUUGGAAUGAAGAGUUUAGUUUCUCAUGUGGUACGAGGGACGAUAUAUAUCUUCCAUUUGCAGUUACAAAGAGUAAUUAA